AUGGCUCCCUCUAAUCUGACCACGCUCACGAAGUCCCACACCAUCAUUGCGGCCAAGAAAAGGGCGAAAAGAGAGCAGAUUAAGGAGGUCGUGUUCGAUGAUACCGCGCGCAGGGAAUUCUUGACCGGCUUCCACAAGCGGAAACUCCAAAAGAAGGAGGACGCGAAGGCCAAGGCGAUAGAGCGCGAGAAGCAGGAACGGCUAGAGGCUCGGCGGGAGCACCGCCGGAAUCUUGCCGAACGUGCUAUUAAGAACGCGGAGGAGACGGAGCGAGCUUAUGGCGGCAUCGUUGAGGACGAGAGCGAUAGUGACUGGGACGGCAUAGCCGACGCCAGCACGUCAAAAGGGAAGAGAAAGGCGUCGGAGGAGCUAGAAGAAUACGAGGACGAAGAGCAGCUGGCGACAGUCACCGUGGUCGAAGAGUUUGAUCCCGACAGCCUCAUCCACGGUGAGAAACCCACACCAGACGCCAACGCUGCUUCGGACGGCGUUCCUGAAGCACCGGUCGCGCUACCUCGAUCAAAACCACGACCUGCUGCAGCGCCGAAGUCGAAAGCGCGGCCAGAGAACUACAAGGCAAAACCGAAAACGAAGUCCAAACCCAAGGAUAUCAAGUACCAGACGAUAGCGGCACGGAAAUCCGACCGCAUGAAGGAGCGCAAGCGGAGGACAGAAAAGGCGGAACUAGCAGGUGGGAAGGCUUCCAGACGGAAGGGCCCUGCCAAGGGCAAGCGAUAG